GGGGGCCCGACAUCAAAGUUUAAAGCAUGCCAAAUAAUCAGUUGAAACAUGAACAGAGCGUUUCAAGAACAGAGCGUUUUAAUAACAAAUCAUCAAUGCAAAAUAAAAUCACGUAGUGGAAACGAAACUAAGGACGGGGAAAUCGAGGGGAGUGACGAGUUAGAAGGCUAGCCAUAUUGUAAUUGGAUAUAAAUUUUAGAUAUGAAUCAUGAUCUUGUAUUUGGAGAUUUUAUUGGAGAUUUAUGAUAUCGGAGAUUUUAUAAUUUGAUCUUCAGAUUUAGUGGUAUCAAAGCUUAGGUUAAAUUAGAUAUCUGGAGAUUUAGUGGUAUCAGAGCUUAGGUUGAAAUUAAGAGCUUGGUUUAAAUUAAGAGUUUUGGAUUAAAUUAAGCACCUUCAGAUUUAGUGGUAUCAGAGCUUAGGUUUGAUUAAGAUUUUGUGAUGUGAGAGCCUAGGUUUAAUUGAAUACCUAGGAUAUGUUUUGAACUUGGCUAGUUAAGGGAUUUAGAACCGUGGUGAGAUGAGUGAUGGGGUUAUACAAGGGACGAUUCUGAUUUGUGUUGCUUGAAUUUUCUGAUCCGCUUUGAUGAGAUAGUGAUUCGGUUAGUACUUGUUAUCUGCUGAUAGUGAGAAGUUUUGAAAUUAAUCUUGUUCACUAUGCUCUUAGGACCUUGUUUGGAACUUGGUCCCUUGUGAUAGUGUACUUGAUUUUGGUUGUGGGCACUACAUAAUCACGCCGAUAACUCUCGAGUUUAGCUACUUGUGUUGAGGCGUGAAGUUAUCUCCCGCCUCCCAAAUGACCAUUGGAGAGGAUGGAGAUUGAGAUUGUUGUUGGCUUGUUAGGGCAGUGAUGAGUACCCAGUUCCCGUAAAGUGAAUAUGAUUGUUGUAUCUUUGUGAUUGUUAGCCGUGUAUCUUGUGAUUGAUUUCCUUGUGAUAAUUGUGUUUGAUAUCAGGGUGGCGCAGCGGAAGCGUAGUAGGUCAUGUUCUGACCAUAGAAAGUCGGUGGGGCAUUAUUUUGUCUUAGAUUGUGUGAAGCCAUUCACCAGUCUAGACAAUCCUAGAUUUGAGUUUUGGGGACAAAACUCCUUUUUAGGAGGGGUGGAUGUAAUAUCCCAAAAUUUUGGGGUAUUUUAGCAUUAAAUUGGGGACUUAUUUGAGAAAAAAUAUUGUUUUGGGGCUUAAUCGUAAAAUUUUUAAAAGUUGAGGGACUAAAAAGAAAGGAAAUUAGGAUAAGGAUCAAGGUUGAUAUUUCUCUCCUCAGCCACGUGUUUUGCUCAUCCUCAUCUUCUUCUUCUCCCCGAUGCUCUGCCCCCGACCCUCUGCACCCAAGAAGCCCCCCCAACUACCGCCACCCAUUUUCCGGCCGGAAAUCCGGCAAAGCUUAGGGAUUUCUCCCUAUUUCCUUGUUUUAGAACACCUUUUUCCUUGUCCACCAUUUCAGGAAACGAAACUAAGGACGGGGAAAUCGAGGGGAGUGACGAGUUAGAAGGCUAAUCAUUCAAUUGGGGUAUAAGUUUUAGAUUUUAUCAUCCUUUUGUAAGGUUGAUUUUAUUCAUGAGAUUUUGUGAUUUGAAUAAGUUCCGAGCCUUGUGCACUUGUGGGACCUGUCUCACGAGUGCAUGGCGUCUGUCGCGUCCCCGGAUUUGGGUUCUGGGGCGUGACAGUUUGUAACCUCCCACUAGCGGGCACACAAUUAACA